UCUGUGGUCUUGUCUGUGUUUGUUUUGAUUGAAAAAAUUGGGUUUCGCUGCAUAAACUUUAUUUCAAAUAAAUGAUAAAUGAUUAUACCAAGAUUUCUGAAUGUAAUGAAGCCAUAGAUCGCAGCGAUGAAUGGAUUCAUAGCUGUCCACUGCGGGGCUGGAUUUCACAGUGAUUCUUUAAGAAAGGAUUACCAAAAAACUUGCUAUGCCGCAUGCAGAAGAGCUGCCGAAGCGCUAUCACAAGGUGGAAAUGCUGUUGAUGCUGUAGAGAAGGCUAUAAUCGAGUUGGAAAAUAGCCCUUUAACAAAUGCUGGAUAUGGAUCAAAUCUAAGUUGGGAUGGAUUAGUAGAAUGUGAUGCAUCAAUUAUGAAUGGGCAAACUUUACACUUCGGUGCAUGCGGAGCUGUUUCAAAUGUGUGGAACCCAAUCACACUCGCCAAACAACUUUGCAUUAAACAAUGCGAGAGUCUUUCUUUAGGAAGAGUGCCACCCUGUAUACUGACAGGCCAAGGAGCAAAAACAUGGGCAGAAAGGAUGGGCUUACAAAUUGUUGAUGACCAGAAAAUGGUAUCAAGUCGAGCAUUUCGUAAUUAUAAACAUUGUAAACGGAAGUUGAAGAGAUAUUCUGUUCAAAACGAUUUAACGUUUAGUCCUUUAGAUACUGUAGGAGCAAUUUGUGUAGAUUCAAAUGGUGUAGUAGCAUCCGGAGCGAGCUCAGGCGGGGUGUCCCUAAAACAUGAGGGCAGGGUAGGACAGGCAGCUUCCUUUGGAAGUGGAGUGUGGGCUGUGAUGAGCAGAGAUGGUAUCAAGCCCUCUAUUGCAGCCUGCACUUCAGGAUGUGGUGAACAUCUCAUUAGAACUCAGUUGGCCAAAAAUUCUGCAGAAAGCUUACAAGAAUCAUCUCCAACAUUGGGUCUCAAUAAAUGCUUGAAGGAAAAGUUUUUAGAGUCACCUUUUCUGUGGGACAUCCCAGAGAGACUUGGGGGUUCUUUAGCUCUCACUUUUAAUCCCCAAGUUGGAGAAGGAGAACUUCUUUGGGGUCACACCACUAAGACAAUGUGCCUUGGGUUCAUGUCUACAGAGAUUGCUAAACCAAAGUGUGUAAUUUCUUAUCUGCCGCCUAAAGCAGAAGUUGGUCAAAAAGCAGUUGUAUCUGGUGUGCCAUUCAAAGUUUCUAUGCAACCAAUACCAGUAUUACAGUGGGAAGUCACCACUGAUCUAAAUUUAAAUGGAUCUCUUUGACAAUAU